AUGUCAUAAUAGAUUAAAAAUUACGACGAUUUAGAAGAAUUCUUAAACUCUUCACUCUAAUCUCAUAAGGUUCUCAGUAUUUCUUUGAGUGGCAAUGAAAUUGGUGAUGAAGAUGCAUCAAACUUAGGUUCUGCUUAAGCAAAAUGCACUAAUCUUUCAAAUUUGACAAUUAACUUAGGUGGCAAUGAAAUUGGUGACGAAGGAGCACAAGGUUUAAGUUCUGCUUUAGCAAAUUUCACUAAUCUCUCAAAUUUGAAAAUUGACCUUGGUGAUAAUUAAAUUGGUGAUGAAGGUGUAUCAAGCUUACAUCCUGUUUUAGCAAAUUGCACUAAUCUCACAGAUUUUGAACUUUAUCUUACUAGUAAUUAAAUUGGUGCAAAUGGUGCAAAAGGAUUAGGUUCUGCUUUAGUAAAUUGCUCAAAUCUUUCAAAUUUGACACUUGAUAUUGGUUACAAUUAAAUUUUUGAUGAAGGCGUAUUAGGCUUAUGUUCUGGUUUUGUAAAUUGCUCUAAUCUCUCAAAUUUGAUAAUUGAACUUCAAGGGAAUUAAAUCAAUGAUAAAGGCACAUCAAGCUUUGGUUCUGCUUUAGCGAAUUGUACUAAUCUCUCAAACUUGACACUUAAUCUUUAUGACAAUUAAAUUGGUGCACUUGGUGCAUUAGGCUUAGGUUCUGCUUUAGAAAAUUGUACUAAUCUCUCAAAUUUGACUCUAUACCUUAGUAAAAAUUAAAUUGGCGAUGAAGGUGCAUCAAAAUUAAGUACUUCUUUAGUAAGUUGCACUAAUCUCUCAAAAUUGAUAAUUGACCUUGGUGGUAAUUAAAUUGGCAAAGUAGGUGCAUCAGGCUUCUGUUCUGCUUUAGCAAAUUGCUCUAAUCUCUCAAAUCUGACACUUAGUCUUGAUCAUAAUUAAAUUGAUGCAGUUAGUGCAUCAGGUUUAGGUUCUGCUUUAUCAAAUUGUACUAAUCUCUCAAAUUUAACACUUAACCUUCGUAGCAAUUAAAUUGGUGAUGAAGGUUCAUCAGGCUUAGGUUCUGCAUUAUUAAAUUGUACUAAUCUCUCAAAUUUGACUCUUAAUCUUGCUAGAAAUUAAAUUGGUGAAAUUGGUGCAUAAGGCUUAGGUUCUGGUUUAGCAAACUGUACUAAUCUCUCAAAUUUGACACUUAACCUUGAAAGCAAUUAAAUUGGUGCAAUUGGUGCUACAGGUUUAGGCUCUGCUUUAGCAAAUUGUGCUAAUCUCUCAAAUUUGAAGCUUAACCUUAACUGCAAUUAAAUUGAUGAUGAAGGUGCUUUAGACUUAGGCUCUGCUUUAUUAAAUUGCCCUAAUCUCAAAAAUUUGAAACUUAACCUUGAUGAAAACGAAAUCGAUGAAUCAUUACAAUAAUUGAAUAUCAUGUUUCUUAAAUCAAAAACAUUAGUUGCUUUUGAAAUAGAUUUUGAAGAAUGA